AUGGGGAGCCCCUUAUCGCCAAUUCUUGCCGACAUGGUGAUGGAGGACCUUUUAUGCAAUACAACUAAAAAACUCAGUUUCGUUCCACCAGUCCUCAAAAAAUACGUAGAUGAUCUGGUACUAGCUCUCCCACAACAUGAAACCCAAAACACUCUCUGCAAGUUCAAUGAGUAUCAUCCUAACCUACAAUUCACGAUGGAAGAAGAAUCCAAUGGAAGCCUACCGUACCUGGACACGAAAAUCAUUCACUCCGCCAAUCAAACACUCAGCACAGAAUGGUAUUCGAAACCAAUAGCAUCUGGACGUCUGCUCAAUUACCAUUCGUUUCACCCACUCGCAAUGAAGAUAAACGUCGCAACUAACUUCAUUCAUCGCGUCACCAGUCUGACCACCAACAGCAGCAUAACACAACAAAAACACAUAAUCUUUCAACAUCUCCGCCGCAACAGCUAUCCAUCCGCUCUGAUAAACCACCUCACUAAUAGCAUCAAACAACCGAUAACUGCACCUGCAACACCAACCACCAACAGCACACCGGGAGACAACGUCGUUCCUGAAAUUACCUACCGCACCAUGGUCAACAUUCCGACACUCAGCUCCAUUCUAAUUAGCAUCCUGAAAAAAGACUAUCCCCUAGUUAAGAUAGCAUUAAAAACCAUCAAAACAACGAGAAAUCUGUUAGGACCAGUGACAGAUCCAAUAGAACCACUACAACACAGCAAUGUUAUCUAUUCGAUUCCCUGCAACGAUUGUGCCAAAUCAUAUAUAGGGAUGACAAAAAAUCAAUUGAAGACAAGAAUCAGUGGACACAAAUCCAAUGUCAACAAAUUGCUUGCAUCCCCAUACCAGCCCAGCGAACAACGAACAGCUCUCACACAACACAUGAUCGAUCAUGAACACACAUUCAACCUCAGCAAAACCAAAAUAAUAGACCGCAGUUACAAAGCUUCUGAUCUACCAAUACUUGAAAUGUGUCAUAUCCAGAACACACCAAACACAGUUAACUUCAGAACAGAUGUAGAUAACCUCAACACCACUUACGCAGGCAUUCUUCACACAUACCAAAACACCACCUCUCGCAGAUCACAGAUCACUCUCAAUAAUAACAGACCAACAAAUAGCCCAGAUUAUAGCACCACAGAUACUCAAACACAUCAACCAUAA